CCGCUCGGGGCGUGUCCGGGGCAGGCGGCGGAGCUGGUGGGGCCCCGGGAGUGAGUGGGACUCCUUCUCGGGAGGGCGGUGGAAGCGGCUGGGGCUUCGGGAGGACGCGGCUGCUGCCAGCAUGGACUGGGGCACGGAGCUAUGGGAUCAGUUUGACAUAGUCGAGCGGCACACACAGUGGGGCCUGGAUCUGAUGGACAAAUAUGUCAAGUUUGUGAAAGAGCGGACAGAGAUUGAGCAGUCAUAUGCAAAGCAAUUGAGGAACCUUGUAAAAAAGCAUCUCCCCAAGAGAACUACACGAGAAGAUCCAGAGUCAAAAUUCUGUCAAUACCAGGCCUUCCUUCAGGUGGUGAAAGAGCUAAACGACUUUGCCGGCCAGCGAGAGAUCGUUGCAGAGAACCUUCUGACACGGAUCUGCGUGGAGCUUGCCAAGUAUUCACAGGAGCUCAAGCAGGAGAGGAAACUGCACUUGCAAGAAGGCCGAAGGGCUCAACAGCAGCUGGAGAACUCCUUUAAGCAACUUGAAAAUAGCAAACGCAAGUUUGAGCGCGACUGCAGGGAGGCUGAGAAAGCUGUCCUGACAGCUGAAAAACUGGACCAGGACAUCAAUGCCACCAAGGCAGAUGUGGAGAAGGCAAAGCAGCAGGCCAAUCUACGUAGCCACAUGGCUGAGGAGAGCAAGAAUGAAUACGCUUCAUAUCUGCAGAAAUUCAACCACAAUCAGAGCCAAUUCUACUUCCUGGAGAUGCCACAGAUCUUCAAUAAACUUCAGGAGAUGGAUGAACGGAGGACGCGGCGUCUCAAGGAAGGCUAUAGCAUCUUCUCAGAGACAGAGCAGCAGGUUACGCCCAUCAUUGGCAAGUGCCUGGAAGGCAUGAAAGGAGCUGCAGACGUGGUUGAUGAGAAACACGAUUCACAGAUCCUAAUUGAACUGCACAAAUCUGGUUUCGAGAGGCCAGCAGACAUGGAUUUUGAAGACUUCAGCCAGCCAAUCAACCGCACUUCAUCCGAUAGUAGCCUCGGCAAUCCCCGUGGCACCCUGGAUGGCCGACUGGAUCCACGCCUGCUGAGCAAGAACAAGGGGAAACGCUGGCCCUUCAGCAGGAAAAAUAAGCUCCCGCCCCCUCCCUUCUCCCCCUUAAAUUGCCCCUCCUCUUUAUCUUCCCCUUCCUCAUCUGCCAUCAAUGGACCUCCAUCCCCCAAAUUCACCCGUGACCCCUUGUCUUACUGUUUGAACGAGAUCAAUAAGACAGUCAAACCCCGCAUCACGUCCUUCCGCAGCCUCAAACGGGGGACUGUGAUCACGGAAGACUUUAGCCACCUGCCGCCAGAGCAGAGGAGGAAAAAGCUCCAGCAGAAGAUCAAAGAAAGAAACCGGGAGUUACAGAAAGAGAUAGAUCAGAGAGAUGCCUUAAAUAAAAUGAAAGAUGUUUACCAGAAGACACCACAAAUGGGAGACCCAAGUAGUCUUGAGCCAAAGAUUUCAGAGACUCUGGGCAACAUUGAGAGAUUGCACCUAGAAAUCCAGAAAUGUGAAGCUUGGCUGGCAGAUGCAGAGAACAGGAUGCUGAGUAACCGGCCCGAUACGGUCACACGCUACAGCCGACAUUUGGAUCAUGCCAGUGCCCUGAACAACAACAACUGCUCCCAUGAGAAGGACAGCCCUGAGACCACUCGCUCUGACGAGAGCCAGGACACACUCAACCAGCCCAUCUACACAGAGUUUGAUGAGGAAUUUGAAGAGGAUUUGGUAUCACCUGUUGGCACCUGCGUGGCCCUCUAUCAGUUUGAAGGUUCCAGUGAGGGUACAAUCUCCAUGAUGGAGGGCGAAGAGCUCAGCUUGAUGGAGGAAGACAAAGGUGACGGAUGGACACGUGUACGGAGAAGCAAAGGGGGCGAAGGUUACGUCCCUACCUCCUACCUGCGGGUGAAUGUAAACUGAGUGGGAGGGAAAGUUGGCUUUGGCAUCCCAAGAGUUAAAGCUUGGAGACAACAUCAGGGCACGAGGAGAGACAGAGGCGUGGUGUUUCAAAACCGCAUUGCCCGCUGUGUACGAGCGCCAUGAAAGGAAGGAACCUUGUGCUUAAAACAUCACCGCAGAGCUGUGGGAGACGAGAAUAGCUGUCUUGUUGAAUAGAAGAAAAGUAGGUUGUAGCCUACCCAAAGCAUGGUCUUGGCUGAGAGCACAAGAGGGGGAGUGACCUUCUUGUCCAGGCACCCAACCACUCAUUAUUCCCCCCUCCCCCAGGGCAAGCAAAGCUACACUAUACUCCUUGUGAAACAUACACUAGAAGGAAUGGUUAAGAGUGCCACCCUUCUCUCCUGUGGCAAAGUUACAGUUUUGCAUAAAGGAGAGCCACCUCUCCUCCCAGCCCUAUGGCACAUGAACAUGGAUCCAUCAAUCACUCUUUUUUUCCCCCGUGUGGUAGUAACACUCACUUCCCUUCCCUUCCAUAAGCCAAGCUGGUCAGAGCAGAGCUGUAUCCUCUAGAUCUGUUACUGCUCGAUUCUGCAUUGAUGUGCUGAGAAAGGGGGCAUAUGUGUGUUUGUUCCUGAUGCAUUAGGGUGCCAAGCAUGAGUCUGGAGAAAGUUGGGUUGAAAGUCUUUAACUUUCACCCUCACAGUUGCUGCUAUGUCUGCCUUUGGGUUCUCCUAUUGCGUGUGGUUAGGGAUGGAGGUGGUGAGGGAGUGAGAAUAUUUGCAUAGCAGGGCACAUCACCUGCCAUAGAUCCUAUGGUGCAAAUACCACUGAGAGGAUCUUCAUGUAGAAGACAGGCCAGAUGCCAUACUGGCAUCAGAGGACAUCCAGGUCAUUUUCCCACGAAAUGCACUUUAAUUUUCCCUGGAUCUGAUUGGCCUGGCCCAUUCAACCAUUACAAAGUGCCUGCUCCGAACAAAAAGUUUGUUUCCCCCACUCUUCCCUCAAAGCCUUUACUAUCAGGGAGGUCAGUGUCUCCUGGCUUUCUCCUGCCCCAUCCUCCAUUCCCAACCCCACUUACAUAUUUGUGUGUUUUUAAAGAAGAGGAUGCUAACGAAUUCGCUUUUUUGUACAGUGACCAACUUUAUUUUACCACUCAGUUUAGCUUUUUGUUCACAUAAUCAGUAAAAGCCAACCCUCUCCCUGGCCCUAACUCCAUUGUGCAUUGGUGGACAGAGUAGAAGGGGUUCGAGCCCUGCUCUGGAGAUGUAGAAUGUAUUUCCAGGUGCCUUUUUACACUUUAUGUAAAUAGUAGACAGACGUAACUUGUGGGUGCCUGUACGGUUGACUUUUUUUGUUUUGUUUCUCUGGCCUCCCAAGUGUGGGUUUUUCAAGAUGUUUAUAAAAAUGCUAGAUUGUA